UUGCUUCCACGGAAAAACCCGAAGUGUUUUGAUUUUUGUCGAGUUAUAUCGAAAGAUUGCCAACACUCAGGUCACAUUCAUCAGAAAAAUAAUCUAUUUAAUGUGAAAUUCACGCACAUAAUAAACAUUUAACGAGCCACAGGGGAGCCUCUAUAAUCUGUCUCACGGAUGAAGGAUCUGAAAUGAAAAGAUUAAGGCCUGGAUUGAUAAAGCUACCAAAAAAUACGGAAUACCAGAUGUUUACUCCAUAGAAAGGAAUUUUCACUCUGAAUGCAUAAUAUUUAUGCUAUUUUAAAAACUUGGAAAAGAUAUUAUAGAGGAGAGAUGGAUGUUAUACAGGACAGAAGUCUGCCUUAGAAUAUCCAUGAAAUAUUUCAUCUAAAUAAGACUAUUUGCAAAGUUUCUCAAUUAUUUUGAAUAAUUUCUCAAGUUAGACGUGUUUAUGAAGUUUGCAGCAUUUUCAGGCAUUGACGAAGAUCACAGUUGAUGGAAAUAUAGCAGAAAAACAAUAUUUGUGAGGAAAACUUUUUGUAUCUUGAAGCAAAAACAAGGAAAAUUAUGGAAAAUACGUUAUGUGAUGUUUGUGGCAGAUCUUUCUCUGAACACGACGACUUGGUUAAACACAUCUGCAACCACGAAGUCGUAGCAGGGAGACCGCAUCACUGCGACGUCUGUGGUAAAUCGUUCUCCAGGAGAAGCAACUUAAUUAUUCACAAGCGUAUCCAUACAGGGGAGAAGCCGUAUCCUUGUGAUGUCUGUGGGAAAUCGUUUUCCGAAAAUGGUGUUUUGACCAAACACAAGCGCAUUCACACGGGGGAGAAGUCCUAUCACUGCGAUAUCUGUGGCAAAUCCUUCUCUAGAAAUAGUAACUUAACUACUCACAAGCGUAUUCAUACUGGGGAAAAAUCGUAUCACUGCCAUAUCUGUGGGGAUUCCUUCUCUCACGGCAAUAACUUGACUAAACACAUACGAAUUCACACAGGAGAGAGACCGUAUCACUGUAACGUCUGUGGUAAAGCGUUCUCUCAGAACGGUCACUUAACCCAACACAAACGCAUUCAUACAGGAGAGAAGCCAUAUCACUGCGAUAUCUGCGGUAAAUCUUUCUCAGGAAAUGGCGAAUUGACCAAACACAAACGAAUUCACACAGGAGAGAAACCAUAUCACUGUGAUAUUUGUGGUAAAUCAUUCUCUCGGAGCGACCAUUUAAGUACCCAUAAAGACAUUCAUAUCGGUAAAAAACCGUGUUUCUGUGAUAUCUGUGGUAAGUUCUUGUCCGGGAGCAGUAACUUGGCCAUUCACAAACGAAUCCAUACAGGUGAGAAACCAUAUCACUGUGACAUCUGUGAUAAAUCGUUCUCCCAAGGCGGUGACUUAAUCACUCACAAACGCAUUCAUACAGGAGAGAAGCCUUAUGACUGUGAUAUCUGUGGUAAAUCAUUCUCCGCAACGAGUCCGUUAACGAAACACAAACGAAUUCAUACAGGAGAGAAGCCAUAUCGUUGUGAUAUUUGUGGUAAGUCUUUCUCUGGAAGCGGUAACUUAUCCAGACAUAAACAUAUUCAUACGGAAGAAACACACUACGACUGUGAUAUCUGCAGUAAAUCAUUCUCCCAAAAGAGUCUGUUAGCCACACAUGUACGUAUCCAUACGGAAGAGUAACUGAGUCAAUGUCGAAAGCCUUUCUAUGAAAAAAAUAUAAUUUCUACAAUAAUAAAUAAAUAUGUUCAGAAUAGAACGAAGAUCGAACAGUGUGAUAAGAGACUCUCC